UGUAGUAAGAUUUAUUGGGCUGCCCUCUGACCACCAGAUGUCACUGUGAGGCGACAUUUCGAACGUUUCGAAAGAUUGAAUCUUCUUUCCUACCGAUUAUUUCUACUGCUUCGACCUUCCAAAGCCCCGUUUUUUCACUUCACUGCAAGCCACCCAGCUACUUAGCUACUUCUUUUGUUGGUUAUACAGUGUUUCUGUUCCGACGGAACUUCAUUUCCCCACAUGCGCGCUCUCGGAUGUUUGAAGAUAGAGCGCGGGGUGUGAUGGUAUAUUGGAGGACUGAGCGCCGGAGUACUGACGGGACUCUAUCCGGCGCCUCGGUAUAGAGCAGUGAUUAGAAACUAACCAUGGCGGCCGCAGGAGGAGGGAAAAUCAGAUCCAGGAGGUAUCACAUCGCUUCUAAACCGUACUCAAAAGGCAACCAGCAUUCAGGCCUGAUCAGCCGAGUUACAGAUACAGUGAAGAGCAUCGUUCCCUCCUGGCUGCAGAAGUACUUCAGGAAUGGGGAGGCUGGCGGUGGGGAUGGGAGCACGCUGGGGGGGCAGCCCACCCAGGACACUCCCACUGAAAACUGCGAGCGGGAUAGUCCUGUCAUGGAUGGACGGGGCACUCCAGAGCCGAGCACGAGUGGCGCAGAGCCUUCGACCAGUAGGUCAGCUCUCAAUUUCCACGACGUCCUGGCCAGACCCCCUCUGAGCCGCUCCCACCUGCACUUCUCUGCAUUAGAUGGCUCCCCUGGGCCUCUCGCCCAACCCUCAACAUCAUCCAUGCCCUUUCCCGGGGGCCCCUUCGCCCAGCCCUCCACGUCCUCGGCCCCCUUCCCGGUCACCCCCUUCACGCACCCCUCCACAUCUGUCACAUCCUUUCCUGGGGGCCCAUCCAGCUUCUCCCUGGUGAAGGAGAUCAAGGAUUCUGUCUCCCAGCACGAAGACGACAACAUCUCUACCACGAGUGGCUUCUCGUCACGCGCGUCAGAUAAAGACAUGACCACCUCCAAACCUGUGCCGCUCCCUUUGCUGUGGUCCCCAGAGAAUGAGCGCAUGCAUGCUGCCCCCCCGCCAGCCCAGCCUGCGCUGAAAAAGCCCGCCUUCAACCUAUCUGUGUUUGGGACGUCGUCCGCCUCCUUGAUGAACAGCUCUGCGCUGAACUCCAGCCAGCUUGGCGACUCCCCCUUCUACCCGGGCAAGACCACCUAUGGGGGGGCUGCAGCCGCCCGUUCCAGCGCCCGCGUGCGUCCCGGCACCCCCUACCAGGCUCCGGUGAAGAGGCAGAUUAAGGCCAAGCCGGCGGGGGCCCAAGCGUGCGGGGUGACCAGCGCCACAGCCAGACGCAUCCUGCUCUCCCUGGAGCGCAUGUCCAGCCCUCUGGCGGACGCUAAAAGAAUCCCGUCGUCCGUUUCCUCGCCAUUGUCGACAUCACUGGAUAGACCUGAUCUGGACGCCUUUCCCUCCCAGUCGAAAAGGAAGAAGGUGGAUUCCCCGCUACCCCCUGUGCAGAGGCUUAUGGUCCCCGUUACAGCUGCGGGGAGCCGCCCAGUGUCCUUCAGGGCGUCGCUGACCCCCAGCGGCAGUCAGAGUCGCGUGUUGGACAGGAGGAGCAUCAGGGACACGCCCGCUGGCCCAUCCACCCUGAGCGACAUUUCUGAAGCCCCACGAAGCAGCAGCAGCAGCAGCUUUGCGUACCCCCUGUCCAGCACCCCCAUGGCCAACAGCAAUGGGGGUGCAGGUGGCAAGAUGAAACGAGAGAGGACGACUCGGCCUUCCUCUAGGCGCUCUGAUGAGGAGGUCAUCGUGGAGCCCAAGCUGCCAGCCAUCUCCCUCCCCAUCAGGACCUUCUCCCUGCCCACCUUCAGCUUCUCCUCCCCGCCUACCUCCGCCUCCAGCGCCACGCCCAUCGCCCCGGCUCCCAGCACACCCCUCUCUAGCAAGCACACCCCCCUGUCGUCCAAUCCUCCCUUCACCUUCUCCUCUCCCAUCGUCAAAGCGGCAGCCUCCAGCCCACUGGUGCUCUCUCCCUCUGCGUCCGGAUUUACCUUCAGCGCUCCGGUUCUGAAAAGCGCCCCCCCUAACAUCAAUGGAAAGGCGCUGGUGCCACCAGCGAAGUCUUCGCCCCCGGGGGGCCCCGCAGCCUGUGAGCAGUUUGAGGGACCCUUUAAACCUGCCAAGGUCCUGAAGCAGGGCAGCGUGCUGGACAUCCUCAGGGGACCAGGGUUCUCCUCAUCUCCCCCGACGGCUCGGAGCUCCCCAGGCCCCGACGCGUCUGUUCAGGACGGAGCUUCUGCCCCCAGCAUCGGAUUCGGCAUCAGACCUCCGCCGGGUACCUGGAGCUGCGGCACGUGCCUGGUGCAGAACGGCGCAUCGGAUAGCAAGUGCGCGGCCUGCGGCACGACGCGGCCCAGCAUGGACUCCUCGUCCCUGCCUCAGCAGGACGGGCAGGCCUCCGCGGCCUCGGCCUCCUCACCUGGCUUCGGGGCCUUGUUCGCCCCUCCGGCGGGGAGCUGGGAGUGCGAUACGUGCCUGGUGCAGAACAAGCCCGACGUGGUCAGAUGUGUGGCCUGUGAGACGGCCAAGCCUGGGACUGGAGUGAAGCCCAGCCUGACCCUGCCUGCCUUCACAGAGGCCCAGGCUCCUCCCGUCAGCGCCUCCACUGCCACCGCCACCUUUCCCUCCAUUACCGCUGCUGCCACCACCACCUCCGCGCCUUCGGGAUUCGCGGGCUUCGGAAACAAGUUCAAGAAACCAGAAGGGUCGUGGGAAUGCGAGACGUGCAUGGUGGAGAACAAGGCCCAGGACGCCACCUGCGUGGCUUGUCAGAGCCAGAAGCCAGGGGGAGUUGCUGCUAGCAUUGCACCCUCGUCUACAGCUGGCAGCACCCCAGUGCCCACAGGGGGCGCACUCCCAGGCUUCGGGGACAAGUUCAAGAAGCCGGAAGGCAGCUGGGACUGCGAGGUGUGCCUAGUGCAGAACAAGGCUGACGUCUUGCAGUGUGCAGCCUGCCAGUCCGGCAAACCCGGGGCUAGCUUGCCACCUAAAGGUUUUGAUGCUGCUGCUUCUGCCCCGCCUUCAUUCAAGUUUGGCCUCCCUUCCUCUUCCUCGUCUGGUACAAACUCCACCUCUUCUUCCACCACCAGUAGCUCUGGUGGAUUCAAAUUUGCAAAUCCCACCUUAGGGGGCUUCAAAUUCAGUGCCCCUCCAGAGGGCUUCAAGUUUGGAUCCCCCUCCUCAACAGCAAAGACUGAGGAAGGCAAGAAGGAUGAACCCCAAGGUGGUGGGUUCAAGUUCAGUUUUGGCUCCGGCGGUAAUGGUAAGGAGUGCCCAGCAGAGGGCUUCUCCUUUGGUCUGGCCCAAGCGGAUGAGAAGGGCACCUUCAGCUUCUCCACCCACAAGAGCAAGUCGGGGUCCACUGACGAGGCCAGCUCUACUGAGACCAAACCCGGCACCUCCUUUACGUUCGGGAAGUCCGUGGAUGCAGAGCCCAUCAAAGAUCAGGCGCAGACAGCAUCCCUGUUUGGCCAGGCAGCCGAGACAAACCAGGCAGGAGUCAGGGUGACCGCCCCUGCCCCCACCCCCACUCCUGCCCCCACAUUCAGCUUCGGGAAGGCAGAGGAAAAGCAGGAGCCUGGAGUCCCUUCUGCUGGCUUUCUGUUCAGCAAAGCCAAGGAGAGUCCCACCCCCUCACUGGGCUUCUCUUUCAACAAGCCAGACCCCCCGAAGGAGCAGCCCAAGCCAUCCUUCAGCUUCGGGGUGGCAUCUGCAGAUUCAGGAGCAUCAAAGUCAGCUUUUGGGUUCACGGCGGGGUCCACCACCACUGCCACACCUGCCUCCUCUGCCUCUACCACCCCGGCCCCCAGCUUAUUUGGGGUCAACGCCACACCUGCCUCCUCUGCCUCUACUACUCCGCCCCCCAGCAUAUUUGGGGUCAGCACCACACCUGCCUCCUCUGCCUCUACCACCCCCGCCCCCACCUUAUUUGGGGUCAGCACCACACCUGCCUCCUCUGCCUCUACCACCCCCGCCCCCAGCUUAUUUGGGGGUAGCACCACACCGGCCUCCUCUGCCUCUACCACCCUGGCCCCCGGCCUAUUUGGGGCCAACACAAAACCUGCCUCUACUACCCCGGCCCCCAGCUUAUUUGGGGCCAGCACCACUGCUGCCCCGGCUCCUGUUCCAAGCAGUAACCCAGCCCCUUUCCUAUUCGGACAGUGCGUCUCUACAGAGACACCUCCUGCUAAGGCCUUUGUGUUUGGUCAGCAACAGGACCCCAGUCCUAUGCAGGCCACUCCCCAGAACCCCCCUGCCGCUCCCACCCCAGCGCAGCCCUUCAUCUUCGGCGCGGGGGCACAAACGGCUGUUCCAUCGUUCAACUUUGGAGCUGCUGCACCUUCUGCAGGUAGUUCCACUGUGCCCGGUCAGUCCAGCUCCCCGUUUGUUUUCUCUUCGGCUACGGCGUCCUCUGCGACCCCGGCUGGCUCGUCGUUCGGCCUCGGACAGACGCCCUCUUUCGGCCAGGGCUCCAGCCAGCCCAGUGCCCCUGCCUUCGGCUCUGCGGCUCCAUCCCUCUUCUCAGCCCCAGUCUCCCAGCCCCCCAGCUUCGGGGCGCAGCCUAGCGCCAACCCUGCCCCCAUGUUUGGCCAACCGGCCAGCGCCAACCCGACUUUCGGAACGACUACUGCCUCCUCAGGUUCAGUGGGAGGCUUCCAGUUUGGUGGCUCCGGCUCUUUCGGAGCCUCCAGUAGCAGUGCUACAGUCUUUACUUUUGGUGGAGUCGGGGCCUCUGCUUCCGCCUCUGCUGCCCCCGCCCCUGGCACCCAGCCCCCUGCACCCACUGGAGGGUUCAACUUCGGUGUCCGGCCCACUUUCAACAUUGGGUCGGUGAAAAGCCCCGCGUCAGUUUCUGCUCCAGGGUCCCACUCCAUCUCCGGGCGGAAGAUCAAAACCGCAGUCCGCCGCCGGAAAUAGGAAUCCUUGCCACAAGCGACAGCGAAGUCCCUUCUGCCCUGUGAAGAGGAACGAUCUGAAGGGGCUCCUGCCUGAAAAAUGUGCCUCUUUGGGGGGGGGGGGGAUGGGAGAGGGUCGCUUUUUUGGCAUUCGUGUUCCUGAACUGAAGGGAGAUGGUGGAGGAGCCUGGGACAGGAGGACAAAUGAAACUUCACAAAUCCAGUUAAGAAAAACACUCAAUCAGACCGUCGGCUGAUGCCGGAGGUUCCAUCUUUUAGACAAUGGCAGUGUCAGCUAUGGCUCAAGCAUGGCUUUUUCUAAUAAAAGAGAAACAACAAGUAGAAAAUUCCUGUUGAUGCGUUUUAAUCACUGCGCUGCAUCCUCUGCAGAAUGUCUGGCUUGACCUCACUGUCAAGGGUCUGAGACGGGCAGUGUUUUCGUUUUUUGUCCCCCCUUCCCCCUAGCGGCCUGCUGAUGACUGUGAGUGAGCGCGCUGUUGGACUGACUGAGACUGAAAGCAUUUGAAUGUUGUGAUUUGGGGGGGGGGGGGCUGCAUCGGGUGUGGGGCAGCCAGGAGAGCAGAGGACCUCAACUUGACUUUGUAAAUCUAUAGUUCCAUAUGAUUGCUUUUCCUUCCUCUUCCCCUUUUCUUGCUUUCUUUCCUUCUCUCUUUAAUUCACCUUUGAGUAUUUUAUUAUAAACAUGUAAAUACAGUUUCUUUUUUGGCUAAAUCUGUGAACUUGAAUUUUUUUUGUGAGUGUUACAGCGAUUUUCUUUUUUUGGCAUUCGUCUUUAGAUUUUAUUAUGUAAAUCCCUUUAUUCAAAGUUGCCUGAAUCCAUUUAAAAUAAACAAAUGCAAAUUGGGAAUCCUUUGAAAAAUAAAGGUAUAUUGGCUUUUCUGAUCCACUUCUGUUUGGACCAAAACCAGUAUUGUACAAAGUGUUAAAUAUAUAUUUUUUUAUCUUUUGUUUAAAUGGACUAUGGUGACUUUGGAUAAUAAGGAAGACAAUUUAAUAUUAAAAGCCAUGAUUAUUACUGGGUGAAUGACAAAGUAAAAACCAUGGGGUAAAUUGCCAUCAAUAAAAUUAUGAAUUGAAAAAUC